AUGUCACCGUACGCAAAUGGGCUUGACGCCAUUAUCAUUGGCGCAGGCCCAGCGGGUAUUGCCAUGGCCUACCGUCUGAAGCAUGAGCUCCAAUUUCACGACUUCAUAAUCUACGACAAGCUCGAUGGCGUCGGCGGAACAUGGAGGGCAAACACGUACCCGGGAUGUGGCUGUGAUCUUCAGUCUCACCUUUACUCCUUCAGCUUCAAUCCGAAUCCAAACUGGUCAAAGCAACUUUGUGAGCAGCCAGAGAUUCUUCAGUAUAUGGAAGACACUGUUGACAAGUUCGACAUCCGCAAGCAUGUCCACACCUCAGUCGAAUGCACCGGCGCGAAGUGGCAUGCGGAAAUCUCCAAGUGGGAGGUGUUCCUCAAGGACCUCAAGUCGGGCCUCGAAUACUCUCGCUUCGUGUCCGUUGUUGUGUCCGCCGUCGGCGCCAUCUCUUUCCCGCGAGAUGUGAAGUUCCCUGGAAUGGAGAAAUUCAACGGCCAUAUGUUCCAUACCGCUCGGUGGGAUCAUUCCGUCUCAUACGCAAACAAGCGUGUGGCUGUCAUUGGCAAUGGUUGCAGCGCCGCCCAGGUCGUGCCAGCCGUGGCCCAGAAGGCUUCCUUCGUGAAGCAGUACGCUCGCAGCGGGCAGUGGUUCCACGAGCGCCCGAACCGAUAUUAUACAGAGCUCGACAAGUUCCUGUUCCGCUGGGUCCCGCUUUGGCAGCGCCUCCUGCGCCUGCGCAUCUUCCUUGAUGCUGACGAGGAGACCACGACCUAUUUUCCAACACCCAAGGGCCUUCGGGUCCGCAUCCAGAAGGAGAACGAGGCAAAGAAAUACAUCCAGUCCAAGGCACCCAAGAAGUACUGGGACCACAUCACCCCAAAGUUUCCACUAGGGUGCAAGCGCCGUAUUUUUGACCCUGGCUAUCUUGACGCUCUUCGCAUGCCCAACGUCGAGCUGCUACCUGAGGGUAUCAAGGAGAUGACAGAAACCGGCAUCAUUUCCGCGUCUGGGAUCCAAGAUGACUUCGACAUCAUUGUCCUAGCCACAGGCUUCCAGGUCUCCGAGUUUCUGACUCCCAUGGACAUCAUUGGCGCAGACGGGCGAUCCCUGCACCAGCAGUGGAAGGAGUGCCGUGGAGCCCAGGCAUACCUUGGCACCUACGUGCACAACUUCCCUAACCUCGCCAUCCUCUUCGGGCCAAACACCUUCCCCGCCAACAACUCGGCUCUGUUUGCAUGUGAGACCCAGGUUGACUACGCCGUCAAGUCACUCUUCAAGCCACUGAUCGACCGCCGGGCCGAUGUGAUAGAGGUGAAGCAGACUGUGGAGGACUACACGACCAACGCCAUCCACAAAGAGUUAAACAACACAGUCUUCUCGGCAGACUGCUCCAACUGGUACAUUGGCAAGUUCGGCCGUAAUGCCGCAUCCUGGCCCGGACUGGCACGCUCUUUCUGGGCCAGCACCUACUUCCCUGACUGGUCGGCCUUUAACAUGGUGGGCGGCAGCAAGCUCUGGCGGUUCUAUGCUGCCCGCCGCUGGGUGACCACCCUAAAACCGCUUACGAAGGCCCUGCUUACGCUGGGCCUUGUAGUCGCGGCAGUCCGUUACAGAAACUAUCAAGACAAGGUUCCAGCUCUUGUUUACCUAAAAAGUCUUGCUGCGAAGGUGUUUUAG